UUUUAUUUUAUUUUAUUUUUUAUAUAUAUUCAAAAGCAUAUCCAGGAUUUCUACAAUGCCGGAUGCAGUUGUGAAUUUCAGUCUUUUGCACAGGACUUGCUCUCUGGUGGUUGUGCUGUGUUUCCUUCACAUCUCUGUCACUCUCAUAUAUUAUAUGAGAAAUUCAGAUUCAAGGCAAUCCUUCGUACAAAAUCAGCAAACCCCUCAGAUCCACAGGAAACUGACCGAACAGAAAGUCACUACCGAGGAGAUCAGACCGAACAGCCUGUCAUCUGUUACGAAUAUCACAGAAACUCAGAGAAAGCUGGAAACAUGCCCUGACAAUCCACCUCGCUUGGUGGGUCCACUCCGGGUUGAGUUCUCAGACCCGGUCACCCUAGACCUCGUGAGGUCAGAGAACUCUGUGUUGCAGCCCGGCGGGCGGUUUAAACCCACAGACUGCAUCGCCCAGCAGAAGGUGGCAAUGAUCAUCCCUUUCAGGAACCGGGACGAGCACCUGAAGUACUGGCUGUAUUAUCUGCACCCCAUCCUACAGCGUCAGCAACUGGACUACGGCGUCUACAUCAUCAAUCAGGCUGAAUCAUCUAAUGCAGAUCCAGUGUUAACGCACUUUGACAUCAACUCUGAAAAUGGGUCAAGAACCAAAAAUGGGAUAGUGACUUCCAAGACUGGCAACAUUGUGCAAAAAAGAGCAGCGGGCGAGGAGACGUUCAAUCGUGCCAAGCUCCUCAACAUUGGAUAUGCGGAGGCUCUGAAGGAGUAUGACUAUGAUUGUUUUGUCUUCAGCGACGUUGACCUCAUUCCAAUGGAUGACCGCAACUUCUACAAGUGCUAUAAUCAACCCAGGCAUCUGUCUGUGUCUAUGGACAAGUUUGGCUUCAGGUUGCCAUACACGCAGUACUUUGGGGGCGUGUCAUCACUGAGCAAAGAACAGUUUCUGAAGAUCAACGGCUUCCCAAACAACUACUGGGGCUGGGGAGGGGAGGACGACGACAUAUUUAACAGGGUUACCUCCAAAGGGAUGACUAUAUCAAGGCCCGAUGCAAUCAUUGGGAGAUGUAGAAUGAUCCGUCAUGAGCGAGACCAAAAAAACGACCCCAAUCCACAGAGGUUUGACCGAAUAGCUCACACAAGGGAAACUAUGGCAAGAGACGGGAUCAAUUCGCUAACAUACACGGUUGUUCAGAUUGAGAAAGACCAGCUAUUCACCAAAAUCACAGUGGAUGUGGGAAAACCAUAACUCCGGCAUAGAGACCAACUCAAAACUGAGUGAAACCGCAGCGCUGGCUGUCAAAACCAAAUGUGCCUUGAUUAUAUCAAAACAACUGGACAAUUUUCAAAGUGGAUUAUAUAUUUUUGUUUUGCCAUCUUUGCACAUGCGAUGGUGAACACAGGGGUCCGGACUCCUUUUGCCUAGUGUAUCAGAACUGUUCGGCUGCUAAAGGAGACACACAAGGGUUUCAUGUUGCCCUCAAGAGGCAACGGGCCAUCCUUGUUCUGUCUCAGAUUCUUCUGCUGAGGAUAAAGACUAUAUUUUGAGCCAUUUGAUGGAAGCAGCAUAUUAAAUUGAUCUGAUCUGAAAUGAAAAUGUCCUUGUUGUAGGACAACGAAUGUGAGUUGCUGUGUAUGGGAUUAUUUAGUUUGCGUGUUCGAAAGUGAAUAUUUAAAGGGUAGUCAGCAAGCUAAGCAAUGCAAAAAAAAUCUGGGAUAAACAAUCAAGGGCUGUGGAUAUUCUAUAAUCAUAUACCAGCAAAUUGGCAUUUUUGGGCUGUCACAUAUUUUGUUUACUUUUAUUACGAAUUGCAUCUUUAUUUUUACAGAGCCUUUUAAAUGACUUCUCUCUUUGUUACGGAUGAGAAGUCUGAAUGUAUUGGCCUGAGUUGUUGCUUAACGCUUAUUGGACCAUUAUCAUGUUUGCUGGAGCACCAAAGUGGCAGCCUUGCAUCUUAAAAGACAUUAGAUUCCUCCCUUCUCUUUGGUGGAUUAUCUUUGCUGUAUUUGGAUUUUUGGUUGCAAUUCUAUCAAAUCAAAUCCAGCACUAUCAGGUCAACCUUUCAGUUUUGUUUUGUUCCAUUUCGGGUUUUUUUUUUUUUUAUUGCAUUGUGAUUUUCUCAGAUCUAUGCUGGUUAUUAAGGGCACAAGAAUAUUCAAGGUCUCUACUGUAAUGAAAACAUGAAGCCAUUGAAAACUUUGCUGAACUGACCUGUUGAUACUUGUAUUUUUUUCUCUCUUAUAUGCUGGUCUGUUUUCUUUGUUUUAAAGAAUUUAAGAGCAGUGUUUUGCUUUAAAACCUGUCAUUGUGGAAACCAAAAAUGCCUUUCAACUCUGUCAGGCGAUGAAAUGCAGACGGAGCAAAUGAAUGUAUGUCAACUGUUUGCUCAAGUGCUUUUCAAGAUGGCGACUAACAGCCCAUACACAAUGUACAGAAUGUUUAAGUUGCACAGCCAAAAAGAAAUUUCCUCCAUGCCGAGCACCCCGAAAGACCUAUAGUUUUUCUUUCCUGCUUAAAAACUCUCCCAUGCCUUAUAAAAACUCCUUUGCACCAGGAAAGAAAACUACCUCUCCACUCGGCACAGCACUCGCAAGCAGAAGGGAUUAGCUGCUAAUGCUGUCUCUCAAACCAAAUGCUUUGGCACAAAAAUCCCCCCUUUGGUCAGUUAAAGUGAGGUUUAAAUCUGUUUAGACAAUGGUCUUUGUUUAAGGGCCAGCACAUAAUUAACUUUUAAGUUUUCUUUCUUUUUUAAAUGUAUUGUUUGACUUUUUUUUUCAGUUUUUCAAACAACUUUUAUGUUUUCCAUUUUUUAUGCCUAUAUAUGUUCCUCUUACUUAAGUGUAAUGCAGUGAACAAUUAACUUAAUUUUGGAAUUAGGGAAAUUACAUAAUUAAAUGGUGUUUGAUUUAA